CAACUGUCUCUCUGAUCGUUACUAAGUAGCUCCUUUGCUUCUCUUUCGCGGUUUCGCUUUGCUGGAUCGCUCUUUCCUCUCAGAUCCUAACAAAUCCACCGGCGGAAAGGCUCGGAGAGCAAUUCUCGUGCAACCCUCCAGAUUGAUCCGGAAAAUGAGGCUUCUGCAGAUUGGGUUCUUGGUCGCUUUGGCGUCUGGACUCUCUGCCAUUCUCAUCUACAUCAACGGCGUCACCAAUUUCGAUGGGAUCCAGAGACUGUCCAGUGAAGAAGUUGGAGCGUUGCAAUCUCUGCAAGCAAGUUUCAAGAAGUGCGUGUGUUUACUCCUCAUCUCAACUUCUUUGGUGGCGACUUGUCAGAAUGCUAAUGGAUUAGGUCUUCAGGCUUUCCCCGGGAACGAUUACUGCAUGGUCACCAUUAAUUUUCCAAGCAACACCAACUCUAAAUGGAAGGACCCUAAAACCGGAGAACCCGAAGGUUUGUCCUUUGAGUUCAAUCUAUGUGAAGCAGUGGCAAAUUGGGAGCAGGUUAGGAACAGUACUACCAUACUGACAAAGGAAUUCAUAGAUGCUCUGCCAAAUGGAUGGGAGGACUACGCAUGGCGUCGGAUCAAUAAAGGAAUUCAGCUCAACAGAUGUCAGAAUAAAACUUUAUGUAUGGAGAAGCUCAAAUUGGUGUUACCUGAAACACCACCUUACCUUCCCAAAGAGUUUGGCAGUUGUGCUGUUAUUGGUAAUUCAGGUGAUCUUUUGAAAACAAGGUUUGGGAAAGAAAUUGAUGGUUAUGAUGUUGUCAUCAGAGAAAAUGGUGCUCCGAUUCAGAACUAUACAGAAUAUGUGGGUAAGAAAAGUACCUUCCGCCUACUUAACAGGGGAUCUGCUAAGGCUCUUGAUAAAGUUGUGGAGUUAGAUGAGUCGAGGAAGGAGGUGUUGAUCAUCAAAACGACAAUACAUGACAUUAUGAACCAGAUGAUUCAGGAAGUUCCAAUAAGAAAUGCUGUCUACCUUAUGUUAGGUGCAUCUUUUGGGUCAGCAGCUAAAGGCACUGGACUGAAAGCCCUUGAAUUUGCUCUAUCUAUGUGUGAAUCGGUUGACAUGUAUGGUUUCACUGUAGAUCCGGGAUACAAAGAAUGGACUAGAUAUUUUUCGGAAUCUCGGAAGGGUCACACUCCUCUCCAUGGGAGGGCUUACUACCAGAUGAUGGAGUGUCUCGGUCUUAUCAAGAUUCACUCUCCCAUGCGAGCUGAUCCCAACCGUGUUGUAAAAUGGGUUCCAAGCCAGAGUACUAUUCUUGCUGCUAGAACUGUGUCAGAGAAAAUAUUGAGGAGGGUUGGAGCAGGCUCGGAAGACCCACUGAGAGCAUGUGAAAUAAAGAAACAAGUUAGGAGGCCACCAACAGCUGUUUCUAGUCUGAGAAAAGCUGCUAUUGAUCAUCAGAAGUCAAUAAAAGGCACAACAUUGUACCCUCUGGAGCACAACCCUGGGCAUGGUAUGCUCUGUACAUUCCCUAUGGGCUGAAAUUCCAAAACGCAGAUGAAGCAUUUUUGCAAGGAACCAGCUAUUUGAUGUUGCCAAGUUAUUCUUUGAUUACUAUACGAUGUUAUGAAUGUCAAGCGCAGAAGCAAAGUCAGUUGAUCUUACGGUUUUGUUAUUGCUGGAGAGACUGAAACAGGCAGAAGUAGGUAGGUGGAGAUAAAUCAUUAGAGUAUUAUCAACAUGUAAUUCUGAUAGAAGCUCGCCGUCUGCAGACAUUAACACAACUAUGGUCUUUGUGUGUAGGAGGCGGCUAAAACCAUUUUUAUUCUGUAUUCAUCUUCUACUACUGAAACUGUACCAGUAACAGAGCUUUUUUCAUAACGUUUUAACUUUUCGUUGCUUAGCUAC